CUCCCCCGCCACCGACAACCUUUCGUCAGUCCCUUCGAGAGCGCCUGCAUGCUCAAGCCAACUCUCUUCGGCACCAGGACUGUCGCUGUCGCCUCGCUUUCGGAGCCGUGUUCUGUCGAAGAUAGAAAGGAUUAACAAGGAUACAUAUAGAGACUCAAUCGAGGAAGAAGGAAGAGUCGGAGAUAUACUUUAACCUGAACUCGGCCGGCAACGCUUUCAACUUUGCCUUUGCCAUUCUACUAUUCGUACCCCAAACUCUAUCAUCCAAUUCCUUCCAUCAUCCGUUCUCUACUCUAAUUCAAUCGAGCUGGACCAUCUUGGGGGAUGCUACAAGAAUUCUUCGCGUUCAAUGGUAUCGCGAUAUCAUGCGUGACGAUUCUGAUACACGACUAUUUCUGUACGCUACCUUACGAAGUGGAAUACGUUUGGAAGAGCCCGUGGUCCAUAGGACUCCCUCUCUUCUUCGUUAACCGAUACCUACCAUUCUUCGACCAAACCAUCCUUACGCACUUUGGAAUGAUAACCUUCAAAAGCGACGCGCUCUGCGAGAGGUUAUUCAAAGCUGGACUCUGGAUGAUGGUCAUCGGCGCGAAUUUCAGGUCUCACAUCAUCUUCCUCCAGACAUGUGCCAUCUGGGGUAGCCCCCGCCUCCUCGUGAUCUUCCUAGGUACUCUCCAGGCUGCGAGAGUUGUUGUAUCAGUCGUCCUCGUCCACCUCCAGUGGUCUGAUGCCCUUUACCCAGUUGUCCCCGAACUCGGUGGACACUGUGCUGUUUUCACACCCUAUAACUAUGCCCGCUGGGGCUAUCUUACCGGUUGUAUCGUCGAAGCUAUCACUAUCACAUUCACGCUCAUUAAAGCUUUCCAACAUCUUCGAAACUCGAAUUCUUCUUGGGUUUCUCAACUGUAUCGCAACGGCAUUGUGUAUUGUAUUAUUAUCUUCUUGUUCAGCCUCGUGAACAUCAUCAUCCCCGAAGUACCCCUCCCCAGCCCAAUCUACGCCGGUCUCAUGACCCGCCCCCAACGCCUAAUGGAAUCAAUCCUCUGCAACCGCCUCAUGUUCAUCAUCUUCCAAUACCGCAAACGCGCGUCCGCCUACCGCGUCCCACGACGCCUGGGCCUCAGCCGGUACUACGAGUCCAAAAGCGGUGCUGCUGGACACCACCAAUGUUUUUACGAGCGUCGUGAUGAGCACUAUCCCGCCGGCUAA